GUCCCUUCCAUCCACCUCACCCUCCCUUUCCCUCCCUCCCGGCAGCCCCAGCCCUGGCGAGCCGCCUCCAGCAGGGGCUCCGGAGAGCAGGUCGGCGGCCUGGGCAGGGCAGCCGAAGCCAUGGAAGCCUCCGCAGGUUGCUGAACAGGGCCAGACAGCCGCAGCCGCGACUGCAGAGGCGCUGCGCCAAGCGGGGCCGGAGCGGUGCGAGCCGGCGGGCUGCGGAACGCCAGCGGACUCAGAGAGAAACACAGCAAGAGAGGGAACACAAGCAGGGGAAGUGGGAGAAGGAGAAGCAGGCUUCCUGCCAAGCAGGGAGCCCGAUGCAGGGCUCGAACUGAGGACCCUGGGAUCAUGACCUGAGCCAAAGGCAGAAGCUUUACCCACUGAGCCACCCAGGGUUUUUGGGAGGAGCCCAUGGCGCACUACAGGAAGCCCUAAGCCACACGCCAGCGGGCACUCUGGGAAGGUGACGUCGAGACUAGCCCAGCCUAACUUGGGGUUCCUGGUCCUGCUCCAGGAGUGCUCCGGCCUUCAGCCCCCGCCGAGGAGGGAGGAUUGUCCAGCACAGGGUGGGGUCCGAGUCAGGGAUCGGGUGGCCUGGCUGGUAGCGUUGAGGACGCAGUGCUGCGCUGGUGGUCAGGUGGCCCUGCCCCGAUGCCCGUGUGACCUUGGGCAAGGCCUUCAAGCUUGCUGUCCACGCUCAGUCAUCUGGAGAACUCAGGGUUGGAUCUAUGAUUUCUGGCUGCUCCCGAGGCCCUGACGACUGAGACUUUCAGUCAGGGCGCAGGAGUGUGGUAACAUCGCUGGUGAAGGCCGCCGUGGCUAGCGCCUGGCCCACCAGGCCCUCACUCGGUCCUGGGGUGUCCUGCUGAAGGGUAAGAGGAGGAGCCAUGCCAGGCAGCGGCCCCAGCGAGAGGAUGACGUGGCCUGGUCCGGCCCUCCCCGCGGCACCCCCAACGCGCCCUCUCUCCUCAGCCCCGGGGACACCGCCUCCCCCGCCCCUCACCCGGACCCGCAGCCUCAUGGCCAUGUCCCUGCCGGGCAGUAGACGGGCCUCUGCUGGAUCCCGCAGCGGGGGCCCUUUGGGCCGCAGCGGCCUGGCGGUGUUUGCCCAGUGCCCGCAGCUGCCCGCCAGCCAGAACGAGCACCUGCCUCUUCUUCCUGCCUCCAGGCGCACCUCUCCCCCCGUGAGCGUGCGGGACGCCUACGGCACCUCCUCUCUCAGCAGCAGCAGCAACUCAGGCUCCUACAAGGGCAGCGACAGCAGCCCCACGCCCAGGCGCUCCAUGAAGUACAUGCUGUGCAGCGACAACCAUGGUGUCAAGCCGCCCACCCCGGAGCAGUACCUGACACCCCUGCAGCAGAAGGAGGUGUGCAUCCGGCACCUGAAGGCACGGCUGAAGGACACCCAGGACCGGCUGCAGGACCGGGACACGGAGAUUGAUGACCUGAAGACGCAGCUGUCGCGCAUGCAGGAGGACUGGAUCGAGGAGGAGUGCCACCGUGUGGAGGCGCAGCUGGCCCUGAAGGAGGCGCGCAAGGAGAUCAAGCAGCUCAAGCAAGUCAUCGACACCGUCAAGAACAACCUGAUCGACAAGGACAAGGGGCUGCAGAAGUACUUCGUGGACAUCAACAUUCAGAACAAGAAGCUGGAGACGCUGCUGCACAGCAUGGAAGUGGCCCAGAACGGCACGGCCAAGGACGACGGCGCUGGGGAGUCGGCCGGCGGGUCCCCCGCCCGCUCCCUCACCCGCAGCUCCACCUACACCAAGCUGAGUGACCCUGCUGUCUGCGGUGACCGGCCCCCCGGCGACCACCCUGGGGCCUCUGCAGAGGAUGGGGCUGACAGCGGCUUCGCGGGGACCGAGGACACACUGAGCCGGACGGACGCACUGGAGGCCAGCAGCCUGCUGUCAUCCGGGGUGGACUGCGGCCCCGAAGAGGGCUCGUUGCACAGCAGCUUCGGCCUGGGCCCCCGCUUCCCUGCCAGCAACACCUACGAGAAGCUUCUGUGUGGCCUGGAGGCCGGCGUGCAGGUCAGCUGCAUGCAGGAGCGCGCCAUCCAGACGGACUUCGUGCAGUACCAGCCAGACCUGGACGCCAUCCUGGAGAAAGUGACCCAGGCCCAGGUCUGCGGAGCAGUCCCUGAAUCAGGGGACAGGGGCCCAGAGCUGGAGCCCCAACCCCCAGGGCCCAAAGACUGCAACUCCGCCGUGGUGGUGACGGUGGGGGACGAGCUAGAGGCCCCGGAGCCCAUCACCCGGGGGCCGAGCCCACACCGGCCCGGUGCCAACCCCAGCCCAGGCCCAUCGGUGAGUGUGGCAUGCCCCGUGGAAGAGGAGGAGGAGGCGGCUGCUGAGAAGGAACCCAAGAGCUACUGGAGUCGCCACUACAUCGUGGAUCUGCUGGCCGUGGUAGUACCGGCCGUGCCCACGGUGGCCUGGCUGUGCCGCUCCCAGCGCCGCCAGGGCCAGCCCAUUUACAACAUCAGCUCCCUGCUGCGGGGCUGCUGCACUGUGGCCUUGCACUCCAUCCGCAGGAUCAGCUGCCGCUCGCUGGGCCAGCAGGGUCCAAGCCAGGCGGCCGGCAGCUCCCAGCUGUGAGCGUGUGCGGCCCUGGCCAGCGGCUCUGACGGCCUGACCAAUGAUCGUAGGGGUGCCGCUCUCCUCCUGCUCACGCCCUGGGGGCCUCAGCUGCUUGAUUUAGUUUUGGGUAGGGGAUGUGAACAGUGUCAGGGCUGGGAGUCAGGGUUGGGGGAAGGCACCCCAAACUGUGAUAGGAGACAAGGGAAGAAAGACCAAAGGCAGAGAGGCACACGGAAGGGACACGUUGCAGAGAGAGGAGGUGGGGAGGUCCCCCAACCCAGCCCUGUCCACCUGGACCUUCACACAGGGCCGCCCGCCCCUGCCCAGAAGUCUCCGGGGUGUCGAUGUGGGGAGGCUGGGCGUGAGGUGCCCAGGGGAGCCUCCCCACCCCUACCCCGGGUCCCAUCCCAUUGCUGCCCAUCCAAGCCUCCUCCCCAGCCACCCCCUGCCCUCAGUCCAGCCUUCUGGGCCAGUAUUACCUCCUUCUGUGGAGGCAGCUGCUGCCCAGAGUACACGCUACCUGCCCAGGACUCUCAGCAGGGUCUGUAACCCCUGGGCCCCAGCUGCAGUUCUAGCAUCUUCCAGCUGCUCCCCGCUCUGGGAUUCGGAAGUGUAGUCGGGCCACAGGCAUGGGCCGGUGGAAAGACGGUGAUGGGCAAGAGGUGGCAGAGCGCAGUGUGGCUUCUGUGUCUGUCUGUCCGAGCCCUUCCCCAGGCUCUGUUUCCCUCUCCACGCUCCUGGCUAUGUCAGAUCGUUCUUCCUGUGAGAGCUGAGCCAGACAGGCUAGUGCUGGGGCUGGAGCCUCUGCCGGCCCGAGAGGAGGAGGCAGGGGCUGGCAGUUCAGGGGCACUCCUCCUGCCUUCUGAGACAAGGUCCUACAGUCUGGCAGGUGGGCUGGACUCGGCAAUCCUCCGCUGGUUUGAGAAGCCAGAGGCCAUGAUGGCCCCUGAAGCUCAGCCUGAGUUUCACAGGGGGCCUCAGGCCCAGCUUACACUUUGCACUAUGUUCACUUUGGGGCUUGGCUCUCAUGCGCCCCAGCAUCUCCACUGAGGGGCUGCUUGCAUUCUAGUGAGGGCUCCUAAACUUAGACCUAGCUGCCUCUGGAGAAAAGCCAGCAUGAUGGACGGCAGGACGGGAUAUGGAAGCCAUGAUGUCUGUCCAGGCCAAAGCAGGGCACCCGGGUCAUCUCCCAGGCAAGGACGGAGCAGGGCAGGCCGGAGCCCUGUGGCCUCCCUGCUCACAGCCUGAGGCCACUUGGCCUGGGAAGCUUCACUGUCCCCCCUCCUUCCCUGUCCCCCAGCAAAGCUGCUGACCUUUUGGGUCCCCCAGCAAAGCUGCUGACCUUUUACCACCACUAUUAUUUGAUAAAGUGAACCUGCUCCUUCUCCCCUGUGGGGCCUAUACCCGUCUGGUGGCCCCUCCCACUCUUCAGAGAUUAGGCCCCACGUGGGGGGCGGGGGGCGCUGGCGGGACCCUGUAUCUUACUCAUUCCUCUGGCCCUGGGACCACUGUGGUUCUCUGCCAAGGUUGCUCACCCGUCUCCGCUGCUCUCACAGCCACCGCCUGAGUUGGGGGCUCUGCCUUUCUUCUCUGCACCCUCCAAUCAAAGGGGGGGCCCUGCAUGCACUGGGAGUGGGCAGCCAGCUCAGCCAUGGGGCCCGCAGCCCCCUCUGCCACACGCUUUGUGCCUCCAAAGCCUCCUUCCCCUGGCUGGGGCCUCAGACCACCUGUCCUUUGCAGAGCACCACCACCCCAGCCGAAGCGCACCUGAAGUCCUGGGGCCUGGCUGGGGCUGCCCCACAGACGCUGGGGUUGUGCCAUGGAGGGGCCGUGGACACACCCAAUCUAAAGCCAAGCCGGGCCUGGCCGUGGACCCUGCCUCUCGUGCUGUGCACUCACGGAGCUGCGUAGCGUCUCCUUAGAAAUAGUCCAAGCUUUGCCGAGAAAAUAAAUGUCUGACUAUAUUUGACAACAUGAAAUCUAUAUAUUUUUCACACUGGAAUUCAGUCAAGCCACAUAGCCCCUCUGCUCCUGUCUGUGUCUUGCUCUCUGUGGCCUUCCUGUCGUGUCUCGUGUUUCAGUGGUCGGGGCCGUAGUCCACUGGGUCCCACCGGAGGUCCCAGUGAAGGGCCGUGCCAGAAGUGAGUGGCGCCACCGCUCAGGGUUGCGGAGCCCUCGCCCACAACGUCAAGGCUCUUCUCUCUUGGGGCCCUCAACGGGCAUUUCUUUCUCGUGUCAGUGGAGGCGGUGGCUCUGCACCCAGCCCCAGGAUGGACCCCGAGAGCAUGCCGGCUGGCGGCCCUGGUCCAGCCCUCCAUGUGCCCAUGCGUGUGCUCAGUGUCUGCAUCUAUGCAAAGGGGGCAGGGCGGCGCCCAAGGCUCAGAGCAAACGGGGAAGCACAGCGGCCUGCUGGCUCGGGCUCCGGCCCCAGCACCGCGGGGCACUGAGUGUGGGGCAGGAGUGCAAGGCCAAGGCCGGGGGACUGCCCCCCUCCGGUGCUCCUCCUCCAAAGCUCCCCUUUUUCCUUCUUGCUUCAUAUCUCCUCCUGCUGAGCUCUGGCCUUGCCCUCCUGCCCUCGGCUCCUGGAGCAGAAAUCGUCGGGGGGCGAGGGCCUCCCUCCACCGUCUGGCCUUGGGCUGGGGCUGAUUCCCUCCCACAGGACAUUUCCCCAGGAAGCACCUGCUGAACUGCUGGUCCCUUGGAGCCCAGGGGGCCGGAAGUGGCUUCUGCUCAGUCAUAGGGCCUGGGUCUGGGCCUUCCUGCUGCUCCUCUGGCUCUGGGCUCAGGCAGGAAUCAAAGCAUGGGCUAGGACUCUGCACACAGAGCUGGCCUCCUGCGGAGUUUAUUCUGAGCAUCUCCCAAGGGGAGAACUUAGCUUUUCACUGACCAGGCUUCCCAGGCACUGUUAGCAAUGGGGCGUCUGACAGCGCCUGGGGAGGAGCAGCCCCGCCGAUGUUCUGGGGCCUACCAGAGGCCUGAGCCCAGGGAACUCCUGACCCCAUUCUCUAGCCCAGGGGGACAGUACCAACAAGUCACAGCACACUCCCCCAUUCAGCCAUCCCCUCGAUGGAGAAGUCGGGGGGUAUGGGAAAGGGGGAAGUGGCGAGGGUCUUCAUUUUGUCUCCUUUGUCCUGUUCAGACAGAGUUGUACCUGCAGCAGACAGCUCUGAAUUAAAGCAUGAAAACACAGCAA